CGAUAACAUUCUAUAAUGUUCUGUAAUGUUUUGUUCGAUGUACAGAACCGACAACCCGCGUUUGGCUUGAGCGUGCAAUGACGUUUCACAGCCAAUCAGAGGCGAAAGAAGACAUCGCCUCCGGUACAGCAGAGGGCAGGGUGCAGUAAAAACACCUACAACGAAGAAGAAAUAAGAUUCCCCACUGCGCCUGCGCUUGAAGCGUAGCUUUGUUAUGAUCACGUGACUACUUACUCAUCGCCAGCUGCUGUUACCAGGUAGGAAAAAUACUACUCUGUUUAUGCCAAAGGAAAUAACACAGUAGUUGAAUUUUUUAAAAUGUCAUAAUAAUCACAAGAGCUAAAGAUUAUUAAUAAAGUUUAAAAAAGUAACAGAAUGAUGUCACCCACCGGAACCCGGAAGCGGACCGUACUGUUUAUUCUGUACCGCGGGUAGAAGUUUCCAGUACCUGCUCGAAAUGAUGAAACACGAAGACAUAAACUCAGCUGACGUGUGUUUGCGGUUUUAAAAGUGAGGACAGUUUGCGUGAUUAACAUCAUUUACCGAGGAGGUAAACAGACACAGCAGGAAGUUCAGAGGUAAACAAACAUCUGCAGGAACCACACCUGUAUACCUGCGAGGGUUUUUACCGAUUAUUACUCAUGUUUAACUUCAACUUAAACUCGCUGCUUUCAGGAAAACUUUAUGCAAAUUUAUGCAAACUCUAACACAGGCAGCCUCAGAACUAGUCUACAGGACUUUGAGACUAACAAGUCUGAUUCACUGAACCUGACUCAGCUUUGACAUACGUUUAGAUGCUCUGUAAAAGUGUGAUAUUAUUUUUAUUUUUUUUAGUCUCCAUCAGUGUUGGAUCUAAACUGUAAAGCGCCAACCUCCACCUUCAGUCUCCACCUUUGAGAUCUUUAAAGUAAGUUUUCUGGUGAUCAGAGUAACAUCCACUUUUCUAAUUUCACACAGCUUAAAUAAACACCACUGUGGACUCUUUCCAGGCUGUGUUCAGUAUGCGGACCCGUCAGAGGGGAUCCCACCUGGGCCUGCUGCUCCUGGCCUCCCAGCUGUUCCAGGUGGGUCUGGACAACAUCCCCCCAGUCACCCUGGCUGUCCUGGGACUCAACGUGUACCUGUACCUGUUCCCUGCAGCUCCUCUGAUGAAGGUAACGGACUGAUGGUACAACCCCAAGUCUAUAGGAGUUUGGACGUUGCAUGAAGUGUUGAUGGUUUGCAAAUCAUUCAAAACUUCUUGUAGGAGCCAAAAUAUAUUUGUUUAGGAUAUGAUUACGAGGUACGUCACUUCCAGGGAUCGUCACUGAGGGGUGUGGUUUUGGAAUGUUUGGCGGGUGGUUUAAAUCUCAGAGGUGUAGUCAGACAUGUGUCGUGCCAUUUCAGCAUAUCACCUUUUCAUUUGAAGGCAAAGUUUCGGACCUGGCUUAGUGUGUUUUUUCUUUUUUGAACAAUAAAUCACUUUUUAACACUCAAACUGGACUGGUAAUUUAACACGUCACAGAUGCAAGCGAACCUAAACCCCAGCUGCCUUUUUUUUCUUAAGGAAAACAGUUACUACACAUAUAUUUAAUUGAAAAUAGUAAAAGACAACAUAACUGAUAGGAAAAUACAAUUUGAAGUUUACUGUGCUCUUGAUUACCUGCAAAAUGUCAUUUGGCUUCCCUGAAAAAUGCAUCACCUGCAUGUCUGCCCGUGUCGCUCCAAAACCUCUUUCUGCAUCAUCCCCACACCAUCAGGGUUGUAAUCUGAAUCCUACUCUUUGGUUCCUUCUAGACCUGUGUGAGUGUCCAACAGGCGUACUGGUAUGGUGACUGGCGCCGCCUCCUGCUGUCCCCGCUGCAUCACGCUGAUGAUUGGCACCUCUACUUCAACAUGGUGUCCUUCCUCUGGAAAGGGAUGAGGCUGGAACGACGGCUGGGUGGACCCUGGUUCCUCUACUUGCUGUCAACCUUCUCACUGCUCACUGGAUUGGUUUACCUGGCGUUGGAGGCGGGGCUUACGGAGCUGACUGACAACCAGUCCUACAGCAUGACCUGUGCUGUCGGCUUUUCAGGUAUGGAUCAGUCUGCAAAACUCCAGUAAUCCAAGGACUACUCUGUGGUCCAGGUACUUGAAUAUCCUGUAACUCCUUCACUCUUUGAUUUAAUUAACAUUUCUCUGUGUGCAGGCGUCCUGUUUGCUCUAAAGGUGCUCAGUAACCAUUAUCACCCCGGGGGAGUGACCUAUGUGAUGGGACUUCCUGUGUCCAAUCGCUAUGCCAGCUGGGUGGAGCUUGUGCUGAUCCACAUUACUUCACCUGGGUUAGUACGACGUUUGAAAUCUUUUUCUGGUCAUCACCUGAUCGAACAGAACAAACAUGGAGAGCAGGAAAAACAUCUCCAACGCUGGUCCUGUUGUUACUUACUGUCUCUUUGUGUUGUGGUAAAGUGUCCACCAGAUGGCAGUGAUUCCUAAAGUAGAGAAACUUUGUUCUCUUCUCCUUCAGGACGUCUUUUGUGGGUCACCUGGCAGGUAUCCUGGUGGGUCUGCUCUACACGGCUGGACCGCUGAAGGCGAUUAUGAAGAAAUGUGCAGGUCUGACCUUAUAGUCCUGUGUGACUCUGUAUGUAAAUUUACUUUAAUGACCUCAAUGUGACUGUGUGUUUCCCCUCAUUAAAUACUAGGACAGGUUGUUUCAGUCAAACAAGAGUGAUAAUAAUAAAACAGUUUAGACUCUAAAUGGACUUUAAAACAACAUUUUUUAAAACUUUGUAUGUUUUUAUAAACCCAGAGAUCGUGACAUCGAGCGGAUACAACUCCCAGCCUGGAGCGUACUACAACUCCUCCGGCUCUUCAGGUACUGAGUCUUCACAAACAGUUGCUGCACACCUCUCUGUAGUUUGACAACCACUAAAGCACAUUAGAGGAUCAUUUAGUUUACACUUGGAGGGUGUAGAAGAAAUAAGACAAUGUUCGCCUGCCUCCCCUCCUUUCCUUUAGGCUACAGUGGCUCUGCUGGAAGACACUCAGGAUACAACCAGUAUUCACUAGAUCCUGCAUCAUCUUACACUGGAGGACUGACGGAGGAGGAGCAGCUAGAAGAAGCCAUCAGAAACAGCCUGAAUGAUGGAGGUGGGGGCGAAUAAGAGGUCAAAGUGACACUGAAUCUUUCAGGCUGUUUUUCAAUCUGGUGAUAUUUUCUUCUAGGACGAACCAACCACAACAGAGCUUCUCCUCCUCCUUAUGGUUUCCACGUCCCUCAGGAAGGCAGCGCUGAGGACAUCAGGAUGAGGAGGCUGAGGAGGUUUGACAGCUGAUCAGAGAAGGACAGACUCAGGUGACUGAACAGAGGAGAAGAAAGACUCUCUGAAACUCUGGAGGAACUGCUCCAUCAGGAUGAGGGGGAGCAGUCUGAAGGAGGAGGUCACACCACGGAGUCUUGACAUUUACUGUGUGAAGUUAUCUUACUGUCAAAGAGUUCAUGUUAGCCAUGGAGCGCUGCUGUAACGUCUGACACAGUAACCACAAAGACUAAAGGCUGAUGUGAAGGUGGAGAUAAUUUGCAGCUCCUGUUUUUAGGAUUAAACAAAUUUAUAUUUUUAUAUCUCAAUAUUUAGUAUUUGCUGACUGUCUGUUGUAAUGUCCUGUACUUUGCAGUUCAUUAAAAAGUUCUUUGAAAAACA